UUCCCAAACAAGUAGUGUGGGCCCACAUUCCACAAUCCCCCACGACACGUCAUUUUUGACGAAUCAAAGAUUAUACGAUUUGGUGCAAUAAACAACGGCAAAAAUCCUCACCCUUCCAUUUAUCACGCGGGGAUUUUCGCCUUUUCCCCUCUUCCCCCAAAAUUCACACAAAUCCUCUUUGCCUCGUUUAACUUCCUGAUUGGUUGAACUGUAAUAACACUAAGAUGACGACGAAUCAAGGGGGAUCGUCGAUGAGACGCAGCGUCACGUUGACCAGGAGAGCCUCCGCGGACAACAGCGGCGGCGGCGGCGGCGGUGGACUUGGAAAUUCCUCCUCUCUCCACCGCAAGUCUAUGUCCGCUUCCCGUUCCAUGGGACUGACAGGAGAACGAACAGUCAAGCGAUUGAGGCUAUCAAAAGCCUUGACAGUACCUGAAACUACAACUAUCAAUGAAGCUUGUCGUAGGAUGGCUGCACGUAGGGUGGAUGCUUUAUUACUGACUGAUUCAAAUGCGCUAUUGUGCGGAAUCUUGACGGAUAAGGAUAUAGCUACAAGAGUCAUUGCUCGUGAGGUUAAUCUCGAGGAAACUCCUGUUUCCAAGGUUAUGACAAGGAACCCGGUAUUUGUUCUCUCCGAAACACUUGCUGUAGAAGCCUUGCAAAAAAUGGUUCAAGGAAAGUUCAGACAUCUACCAGUUGUUGAGAAUGGAGAGGUGAUUGCUUUACUUGACAUAGCAAAAUGUUUGUACGAUGCUAUCGCUCGUAUGGAGAGGGCAGCUGAGAAGGGAAAGGCCAUUGCAGCUGCUGUUGAAGGUGUUGAGAAACACUGGGGGACGACAGUGUCUGGCCCUAACACAUUCAUAGAGACACUUCGAGAGCGAAUGUUUCGACCAUCCUUGUCCACUAUAAUCUCUGAGAACUCAAAGAUUGUUACAGUUGAUCCAAGCGACACUGUUCUGGUGGCUGCAAAGAAGAUGCUUGAAAUUCGAGCAAGCUGUGCCAUUGUAACAGUAGAAAACAAACCACGGGGAAUAUUAACUUCGAAAGAUAUGCUGAUGAGAGUCAUAGCUCAAGAUCUUCCUCCAGAAUCCACUCUGGUGGAGAAAGUGAUGACCCCAAAUCCAGAAUGUGCAACAGUUGAUACACCAAUUGUUGAUGCUCUUCAUACUAUGCAUGACGGCAAAUUCUUACACCUUCCAGUUAUUGAUAAAGAUGGAAUGGCUGUAGCUGUUAUUGAUGUUCUUAAUAUAACUCAAGCUGCCAUAGCCACAGUUGGUAGUACUGCUGGAGUCAGUACUGAGGCUACAAAUACCAUGAUGCAAAAGUUCUGGGAUUCUGCGAUGGAAUUACCUCCAGAUGACGAUGAUGACACUCGGAGUGAGAAUUCCUUGAAGAUGGCUUCUGAUGGAGGAGAAACUGGUCGAUCAGUUCCUUAUCCCUCUUCCACCUUAUCCAGUACCUUUUCUUUCAAAAUUCAAGACCGGAAAGGAAGGAUGCAUAGAUUUUUAUGUGGUACACAGAGUUUGGCCGACCUUAUAACAGCAAUCCUUCAGAGAGUAGGGGAUGAAAUUGACCGUAAUAACCUUCCACAAAUUCUGUAUGAAGAUGAAGACAAGGACAAAGUUGUACUUGCAUCUGAUAGCGAUCUUCAAGCCGCUGUAGACCAUGCGAGACUAGCUGGUUGGAAGGGACUGAAAUUGCAUUUAGACUACUCGGGAACAUCUAGUCGUCGGAAAGGAUCCAACUCAAGGAAUCUGGAAUAUGCUCAAGCAGAUGCUUGGGCUUCGGCAUACAGCGCUGUAGCAGCAGGAGCUGCAUUAGUUGCUGGUUUAAGCGUGUUGGCAUUCUUGAAGCGAUCUGGAAAUUAAAUCAUUACUGUAUUCCAGAUAUUACUUUUGCUUUUGGGAGUUUUUCGAAUCUUGAAGAUCGACUGGGAUUGAAGGUUCGGGCGUGUGUGCUAUAUCCUUCGGGUUCGAUUUGGAGAUAUAAAUUUACUAAUUAACAGGAAGGUUUGAUUUUUCUUGCCUGUUAUACGAAAUUUUUAAAUUGGUGAUUAUGACGAAAAGAAAAUGAUUUUAAUUGGGUGCAUUUCAUAGCUUCUUGAACUUGGAGCUAUCUUUUAUUGUAUGAAUUGAUAAACUGUAUAUGAAUUUGUGAUUGUAAGUGACCAUGCAACUUGACAUUGAUCUCCAUUCUUGUCUAUGGAAAUUGGAAAAUAAUCUUUUCAUUUUGUUGGUUCCUU